AUAUAUUUUUUUAUUCAAAAUAGAUUAUUUGAAAGAAGAACAAAAGUAAUAUAAUGUCAUUUGUGGGGAAAGUUGUUUUAAUCACAGGUGCUAGUUCUGGCAUUGGUGCAACAACAGCUGUGUAUUUUUCACAAUUAGGUGCUUUACUUUCCCUUCAUGGACGCAAUAUUCAGAAUUUGCAAAAAGUUGUUGAACAAUGCAAAGAACCUAAGCCAUAUAUUGUUACUGGUGAGAUGACCAAUGAAAUUGAUGUGAAAAAUAUUCUUGAUUUUACUAUACAAAAAUAUGGUAAACUUGAUGUUUUGAUAAAUAAUGCUGGAAUUUUGGAGUCAGGUACUAUCCAGAAUACUAGCUUAGAACAAUAUAAUAGAAUUUUCGAUGUUAAUGUCAAAUCUAUUUAUUAUUUAACAAUGUUGGCUGUACCAUAUUUAAUAAAAACUAAAGGAAAUAUAGUAAAUGUAUCAAGCGUAGCAGGAACUAGAGCUUUCCCUGGAGUUUUAUCUUAUUGUAUGAGUAAAUCUGCAAUUGAUCAAUUUACUCGAUGUGUUGCAUUAGAAUUAGCUGAUAAACAAGUACGUGUAAAUGCUGUAAAUCCAGGUGUAAUUAUAACAAAUUUGCAUAGAAAUAGUGGUAUGAAUGAAGAAAAAUUAAAAGCAUUCUUUGAUCAUAGUAAAACUACCCAUGCACUUGGACGUCCUGGAAGUUCAGAUGAAGUAGCUAAAACAAUUGUAUUUUUAGCUAGUGACGAUGCUAGUUUCAUUACUGGUCAAACUUUAGCUGUUGAUGGUGGCCGAAGUGUUAUGUGUCCACGUUAAGAAAUUAUAACAAUAUUUUUAAUAAAAAUGAAUUAUCAAU